AUGACUACUCCUGUAAGCGCCGGUGCUCUGUCGCAGUCUCAGUCGCGGUCUCAGCAUGACAAUACUACCAAUGACCUUCUGCUUCGGUUAAUUGAACAGCUGAGCGAGUCAAAUGCAAGAUUGACUGAGCAAUUGAAGGAGUCGAAUGCGAAAUUUUCUGCUUUUGUCGAAGAGCAGCGGCGUACGAAUAGCGAACUGAAAAACAAACUAGAUAGAUUAAACAGUAUUGCGGGCAAUGUCGAGCGGAAUAGUCAGCGGAUUGUUGAGUUGGAGCGGCAGUGUGGUGCUCUCACAGAUGAGAUUUGUAAUCUAAAGAGCGAUCGUGCUGGUUCUCAUUCUGUUACGCACGUUCCGACUCCGAAUGAGUUGAUAAUAUCGGGUGUGCCUGCCGCAAUGUCUGUCACUCCCUUGGAAUGUGUUCGCAACGUGUUCACGACAUUGGGGAUCCCUGAGCUAUCGUGCCACGUUCUUGAUGUUAGGGCUGUUGCUCGUAAGCCCCCGCCGGUGGGUGCUGGCAACCGAUCUUUACCGAUUUCUGCGGCGAACUCGUACAUUGUCUCAUUGGUUUCGGGCGCGGUUCGAGACAUUGUCAUUUCUAAAAAGAGGGCACGUCGCGCACUCACGCAGAGGGAGGUUUGUGGAAUCGACUCUGAUCGCAACAUCUAUGUUAAUGAGUUGUUAGCCAAGAGCACUUAUGAUAUAUUAAAACGGGCUAAGAGUAUCGCUAAGGAGAGAUCGUAUAAGUAUGUCUGGGUAAGGAACGGCCAGAUAUGCGUUAAAUAUUCCGAUGGUGAUCCUGUUAUCCAUAUUGAUUCCGAUACUGAUCUUGCUAAGCUUGUCUAUCGUUCAGCAUAA